GCGCAGUCCAGGAGCUGCCCGCAGUGCCUUACCAUGGAAGGGGCUCUUCUGCUGUGUCUGCUCUGCCUGCAGGGAAGCCUGCUCGUAAGCACGCUCAACUGCGCAGACAAAGGGAUAUCGAAGCAGGCGGAUGAAUACAGAAAGGAGUGCGUGACCGGAGAUGCCACCAAAGCACUGCCAGGGGAACUCAGGGUGCUAAAGCCACCGGCACCAUCUGGAGAACUGCAGGAGCCCAGCCAGGCACAGCUGGCUGAAAGGGUGCGGCGACAAGAUGAAGCACCAAGGAAGAGAAGAAAACAAGCAAGACCAGGAGCGUUUUCUACAAACAGUAUUACUUGGAAUCCUGAGGGGACAAAGAAACCACCAACCAGCAGGGAAAAGAGACAGCUGGACAGCGAAUGGGCCCGGUCAAAAAAGUCGCACCUUCCUGGGGCGGUGUCUGUGACAGGAAGGCCCAUGCGCCCCAUGCAGACAGAUAGAGCACGGAGACACCUCCCCGCUAACAAGAAGGUCAGAGGGAAGCCCCGGGUUGGAUCCCUUUCCCUCUUGAGCAACAAAACCCCUACACAUCUGCAGAUUACGAGAGUAAGGAGGCAGCUUCAGAAUGAGAGGAAAAAGAAGAAUCCUGGGCGUCCCGGGACAUUUUCUCCCCUUGGCAAGCCUGGUCCUCCUGCGCAGGGUACAAGGGUAAGGAGGCAGCUUCAGAACGAGAGGAAAAAGAAGAAUCCUGGGCGUCCUGGGACAUUUUCUGCCCUGGGCAGACCCGGUCCUCCAGCGCAGGGACAAAGGACCAAGAGGAAUUUACAGUCAAAGAAGAAAAAACCUAAGAAAAUUGUUUGCUCUUGAACACAAAAUAAACCUUGCAAAAGAAUAUAAAAACAGUAGGUGGCCAAAGGCACAAUGGAGACAGUAUUUUAUGAGCUAAGAUAUGUGACUUGUAAAGUUAUAAACAUAUUUUCCAAUCAUAUUUCACAUUUAAUGUAUAUACUGUCAACAAAUAUCGGUGGGAGUCUGGUACAUUUAUGAUUAGCUCCAUCCAAAGCUUUUAAAAUAACUAUCAAACUGGUUAUAGUUAAUGGCUCAUUGCCUGUAGCAGUACUGUAUACUGUGUCCUGUAUGGUUCCUUUCACAUUCUUUUCUCUCUGACAGAUGCCCACAAUAAAUAAGAUACUUAUUUACAA